AUGAUUGACACGCUGUACUUCUUGGCACUGCUCAGCUCAGCGAUGGCCUGGAGGCGCUUAGGCCUGUUGAGCGAGGGCAGUGCGAGGAAUGGGACCGGAGGUGGAAGUGGGGACCGGUGCACCUGUGAUGCCUUCUUGCCCAGUUCUACCUUUCCUAUUAAAGACCUGGUGAUGGUAGAGCAGACAGCCGUGGAGAUCUCACACAAACUGGAGCUGGAGAUGGGCAAGCUGGAGGACUAUGAGAUAAAGCUGACAGCUUAUGAAGAGAGGAUAAUAGAGCUGUCAGUACAGAUUGAAAAAAUGGAAAAGAACCCCGAUGCAUACAAUGAUGCCGACAAGGUUGAGAUAAAGAUUGAGAUCAAACAAGCGGAGGCUCUGAUUAAAGAGCUGCACCUCUCCAUUAAAGGCUCCAUCACUGUCUUUGAGUCUCUGCGUAUACAGAUCACAGUCAUGGUGCAGACCCUGACUAGGCUGGAGCUGACCUACGACAAGAACCUGGUUCUGGUGACGCGUCGGGAGUAUAUCAAGGUGCAGCUUCAACUCGAGGAGUGCGAGAGACGACACCAGGAGCUUUUCAACCCGAACAUUGGUUCUUGUGCACACACAGGUAUCAUCAAGGUCAGCAAGCCUGUUGUAAGCCAACUGAAUGCCAAUCUUAAUGCAGGCUACAAAUAUGGAGGCUGGGGGAAAGACUCAAAGCCUGUUCCUGACAGAGAAUCUAUGUACUGGUACUCCGGGUACUCCAGUGCUUCCAUUGUUGACAUCAGGCUUUACACUAACUACAAGAACCUCCUUUUGAGAAACAAUUUCAUCUUCCGUGACAACACUCUCUAUUAUCAGAUCAACAACCCGUUUGGGUUGGCCAAACUGAAUUUCACCACAGGGAAAUAUGAGUCCAAGGUUAUUCCUAGAGCCAGCAGCAGGUUCUCCUACACCAACUCCCUCAAUCAGAACUUUGACUUUGCGGCUGAUGAAAGCGGCCUGUGGGUGACCUAUGCCAAUGAGGAGUCCGCUGGUCGUAUGGUCAUUGCUAAAAUAAACGAGCUUUCUUUUGGGGUUGAGGAGGAAUGGCAGACUAGUGUCUAUAAACCAGGCGUGAGCAAUGCCUUCAUGGUGUGUGGCGUUCUGUAUGCAGUCAAAACAGUUGAUAUCAAAACCGAAGAGAUAUUUUACAAGUACGACACCAAAACCAAACAAGAGAGCUACGUCAGUGUUCCCUUUGAACGUUUCCAGGAUAAGUAUUCCAACCUGGACUUCAAUCCCACUGACCAGAAGCUGUACAUGUACAAUGAUGGUUACUAUGUUAACUACCACCUGUGGUUUAACUACACCACUAAAGCCACAGUGGAACCACCACUUAUUUUGUCCUAA